GCUUUGGAGUUAACUUCUUGUUCAAGCAUAAUUUCUUUAGACGUCUGGUUUUCUUCUGUCCCUGACACUUGCAUGCUCACUUUAAGAAGUUAGGAUGGGACCAUGUCCAUUUUCUUUCCCUCAGAAAUUAUACUUUUGUACAUCAGAUGAUCGUUUGUUGCCCAACUUUAUUGUGUCUGCACGUAGUUUUUGUGUUUUUUUUUUUUAAAAGUUGAAGUCAGUACCUUGGAUUUUCAUUAUGCCACAGUGUUCAUGUUGCUGCUGUCUUGUCAAGAUCAUUUCUCUCUAUAAACCUUUCAAAACAGAUCAGUAGCAUAUACACUCAGUUAUCAGUUUACAUUCCAUGGCAUUCCCCAGACGCUUUUAUCCAAAGCGACCUACAAUUAGUUUAUUCAUUACUCACUGAAGAGCAUUGCAGCUUUAUAGCACAGUCCUGCAAGAAAUCCCAUUUCUUCUCUAAAAAAUAGCGAUAAAAAUGUCCACAGUCUUGUAUUUGCAAUACACCCCCUGUGACUGUAAAUUAUGUAAUUAUAAAUCUAUUUAAAGUUAGUUUAAGCUGUAAAGAUUCCACUUUUUCCCCCAGCUGCAUGAGUCAUGUGACAGUGUUGGUCCUCAUAUGACAGUUGAGAACUGUUUUUUAAAAAAGAACAAACGUUGAGAAAGAUUAUGUGAAAUUACCAGGGACCUUCAAAGUUGUGCAUUAGGUGACUGAGUCUUAACAGGUCUGAUCAUCUAAACUUUAGAGUUUGGCAAAUCAUCUAAGCUAAUCUGUAAAAGCUUUACUGUCUUGACAAGGCUACAAUGCUGCAUGCUAACUUAGUGCAACACUGAAGACUGAUUAUUUCCUUGGUCUCUCUUGUAUAAUGUUGUUGUGGUCUUGAUCUGGAUUGCAUUUGGAACAUGUGACCUUUCUGUAUACGUCUGUAAACUGAUGGAGAAAGAUACCAGGGCAGUGAAGCACAGUCCAGGAUCCAAUACUAAUCAGAGCAUCUGUUACCUGUAGCCAAACGUCCGUCCUUACAAGAUUAUUGUCAGCCUAUAUUUAUCAGCACUAAUUGGUUUAGGCUUUUCUAAUUCCGAGGAGCUCCUCUAGACGAAUCAGUGGGACACCCUUCACUCACUCACUCACUUCUUUCAUCACUGCAUCAAUUUUUUUUUUUUUAGUCUAAGAUAUUUGUAUUCUUUGAGUUUUUUCAGUUUUGCAUCUGUUACAUGUCAGAAACAUUAUCAAACUUGCUGACUUGUUUGCAUCUGGGCAUUUUCCUGUUGUAUUCUAACAUGGACUUUCUCAUGACGUGGGGGCUGGCAGGAAAAAGGAUAAUGGCUGAAGGAUAACAACCAAGGAGUCACAUUCCCUCAACCCAUAGCGACCCCACUUCCCCCUUUUCACUUUCGCAACCUCCCCUUGCUGAACUUGUUUGAGGGCUGUCUCUGCUCAUUGCCUUGUCUCCUUGGGAUUUCAUGGAAUUCAUGAAUUCCACAGCAGAAUCAUGUGAAUUCAUCUCAAUCUGGAGAGUCCCCACCUUAACACCCUCCUGGACAAAAGAGAGGAUGAUUCUAAAUUUUGAAAUAAUUGCAAUGUGACUCGAAAUCAAAUUCCUACCCAUCUGAGAUUGCUGCCUUUGUCUGUACAUUUCUCACUCUGGUUCCAUCAAUUGUUCCCUAUUUGCAGCCUUUUCAUAUCCCUUUUCUUGUGACAUUGGGCCAUGGUUCGCAAGAAAGGUUCUCUAAUACUAUGCGGUGCUUUCCUGUUUGUUGCCUGGAAUGCUUUGCUUCUACUUUAUCUUUGGGGUCGCCCUCCCAUCGGCCGCCCCGGAGAAGGUGGAGGAGCCGAACCGGGAGGAAAGGAGGAGUGGGGUGUGGGCAGAGGGAAAGGAGGCCAGAUCAAUCUAGCUGGAGAGGUGAUCCGGCUGGCGGAGGAAGUCGAAAUCCAACUUGAGACGCAGAAAAAGCUACUGAAGCAGAUUGAAAGUCACAGGGCUGUGUGGGCUCGGCAGAAGGAUGUUGGUAAGAGACAAACAGUUGAUACAAAAGAAGUCAAAGAAGAGGUUGUCCACCAGCCAUCAAAGCCUCCACUUCCUGUCAAGGACAGUGUAGAUGACAGGACCCAAACUGAUGUACAACUUACACAGAAGCCUGUUCAUACAGUAGCCCCAAACCUUAAGUUAGAACAGCACCAAGCCACUGAAAUAAAGGAAGAUGUUGCUGAGAAUAAUAAUUUGCCAACUUCUGUUGCCAGCCCACAGGUUGUCAUUCCCAUUCUAGUUAUUGCUUGUGACAGGGUAACAGUUAAGCGGAGCCUCGAUAGACUGAUACAGUACCGCCCUUCUCCACAACUAUAUCCAAUUAUUGUCAGCCAGGACUGUGGCCACGCCGAGACUGCUCGUGUGAUUGGCUCAUAUGGAGAUCAAGUGACGCACAUAAGCCAGCCAGACCUGUCGGACAUCAGAGUCCGGCCAGAACACAGGAAGUUCCAGGGCUACUACAAAAUUGCCAGACAUUAUCGCUGGGCACUCAACCAAGUGUUCAACACCUUUUCCCAGUCUACUGUGGUUGUAGUGGAGGAUGACCUGGAGGUGGCACCGGAUUUCUUUGAGUAUUUCCAAGCUCUGUACCCAAUUUUACGGGAUGACCCCUCCCUGUGGUGUGUUUCUGCCUGGAACGAUAACGGUAGAGACGCCUUGGUGGAUCCAUCCAAGGCUGAUCUCCUCCAUAGAACAGACUUUUUCCCCGGGCUUGGCUGGAUGCUGCUGAAGAACAUGUGGGACGAACUCGAACCCAAAUGGCCCUUGGCCUUCUGGGAUGACUGGAUGCGUCAACCAGAGCAGCGCAAGGACCGCUCCUGCAUCCGCCCAGAAAUCUCACGGACUAUCACCUUUGGCCGUAAAGGCGUGAGUUUAGGUCAAUUCUUUGACCAGUACCUUCGUUAUAUUAAGCUAAAUACUCAAUUUGUGCCUUUUACCAAACAGGAUUUGUCUUAUUUGUUAAAAGAGAAGUAUGAUGAAAAGUUUAUCAAAGAGAUUUACAGUGCACCACUGGUGAAAAUUGAAGAACUGCAACAAGGGGGCAGCUUAAGAGACCCUGGACCAUACAGAGUGCAGUACUCCAGCCGUGACAGUUUUAAAGUCUUUGCUCGAAAUCUGGGGGUGAUGGAUGACUUGAAAUCUGGAGUCCCCCGUACAGGUUACAGAGGAGUAGUCAGUUUCCUGUACCGAGGCCGAAGGGUGCUCCUGGCUCCACCAGAGGGAUGGAUGAAGUAUGACAUCAGCUGGAGCUGAAAGUCUUAUUCAAUACAAUGUGAAUAAAGGUUGAAGAGGGGAGAGAGCCUUACUCAGAGGAACUCUCUGAGACCAAAGAAUAUCAGCUGACGCAGUAGUUCAUGAAGGGACUGAAGCCCCACAGCUGGGGCUGCACAUCAGUGGAGCUGCAAGAUCAAGUGUUGACCCAGGCCCCUUUGUCAGGGAAGGUUCUAAAAUAGGGUGCUCAUUCAGGAUCAGUAGGUCCAGGGCCACACAGACCUCACAUGGAGUUCAAACUUGUAGGAAAAGUCCACCCUUAAACACUGUUUCAAAAGAGCUAUUGGCAAUGUGCCUUGCUUUAUAGGCCCACUUCGUUUUAUGUAUUUUUAUUUCUGUGAAAAUUGGCCAAAUGUAGAGUUAACAUCACAUUGUUGCUGUUUGCAGCAGCUGUAAAUGAAGGGUGUUGCAGAAAAGUCUUUGAAUCAUAAACAAGGAGAGCGUGUUUAAAAGUCAGUGAUAUUCUCCACACACUAGAGGACACAACUUUGGGGAAAAAAACAAUUGUGUAACGUUUUUGAAAGUUGUUGAAUUUGACCCAACUAUCUACGUCAUGUUAUUGGUUUAAGUCUAUAAAACUAAUCAGAAACAGAGUUGUGUGCAAAGGAAAUGAAAAACUUCUACCAGGUUUUAUGUGGUAAACAAAGGCCAUAUCCACUGCUCAACUGAGUCAUUAUAGCCCUGAUGGUUAUCAUUAAAGGAGACAGGCUUCCUCAUUAAUGCUACAUUGAAGAAAUUGUAAUUGAAGCAGACAAGAACUUCCCAAAGUGCAAUAACUUGGAUCUAGCAUCAACAAGCUGCAAAAUGCUGUCCAUUCUGUAUCACUGUCAAACUCACUGUGCAGCUCAUAAAAUCUGUCAGGAAGGAUGUCUGCUCAGCGGAUUCUAAGAAAACAAAGAUGGAAAGAUGGAACAAGGUCAGAUGGAAGCAAAAAUAUUCAGUACAAGGAUUUGGUCUGACCAAGAAGGGUCUCCUCUAUUGAAGUCAGUACAAACCCUACAUUAUCUUUUUCACUAACUGAGUGCUAAGAACUGCAGAAAGAAUACCAAAUUUGUUUCUGUACUUUUGCUGUAAGCGCCAAAAGCACUGCCAGGACGACAUCUUGAGCCAUCUUUGACUGUACGUGAUUUGUAUUGACUGUAAUUAUAGAGACCUUUCAUAGUUUAAGUAAACCAUGGUUUUGUUGCUUUACAGCUGCCUGUUGUCAUUUCCCCUACCUUACAGAUUGUUUAGAAGAUGACCUAUCAGGUGAGAGCAUACAACAACCUGUAAGUGCUCAGUGACUUGAGAUGUCUGAGUUCCAGGAGAUAUUAACUGGACUGUGAUGUGUGAUAUGGUCCUGAAUCAGGGCUACACCUACAGUGGCAUAACUAGAGACCUUUGGAGCUAUUGGUAGGAAGUAAUACAUUGAAGUAAAUGAAGAUGCUAGAGAGCAAGAAGAAAAUCUGAAUGACACUCCAUAAUAAAAUGGUCCUGAUGAUUUUUGCUACAGGACAAGUAACAGAUGUUUAACAGUGUGGGAGCAUCAAGGAAGGAGUUUUUCUCGAAUUUUCAGCGCUGCUGUUCUCAGGCUACGUCCACAUUAAUAUUAUUUGGUUUUAAAAGACUCAUGAGUGUUUCAGCCUCUAAAAUAAACACCUUUCAAAACUGGCCCUGUUUUGAUUCGAAAACUCCAGGCUCCUGUGUU